GAGAAGCAUGAAUGAAUGGCCCGAGGCCGGAGGACAUGUGAGAGCCGCAUUGUGCAUGCUCUCAAUCCGGUGCCAUGAAUCCGGUGCCAUGAACUUUUUCACACAUGACCAGUAAAUCCUGCUUGGGAUGCUCACUCCUGCAGGCGUUUCAAAAGCUUUCAGAGCUGCAAUAAUUUGAAGGGCAAGCUUCAAGUUUUGCCAAGCUAGCUGUGUCAUGGCGUCGGCAGGGGACACAGAUCUGAAAGCUUGUUUGGAGGUCGCUGUCGCAGCUGCUAAGCAAGCGGGUGAGGUGAUCCAGAAGUCCUUCUAUGAGACGAAGAAUGUCCAGCACAAGGGAAAGGUCGAUCUCGUCACGGAGACCGACAAAGCCUGUGAGGACCUCAUCUUCAAGGCCAUCCAAAAGAACUUCCCCUCCCACAAGUUUAUAGGGGAGGAGGGGUCCGCACUGUCGGGGACCGCGGAUCUGACCGACGAGCCAACAUGGAUGGUUGACCCACUGGACGGGACGACCAACUUCGUGCAUAGGUUCCCAUUCGUCUGUGUAUCCAUCGGGUUAACAAUUCAAAAAGAGGUGGUAGUUGGUGUGGUCUACAACCCCAUCUUAAAUGAGCUGUAUACAGCAGUCAGAGGCAGCGGCGCGUUUCUGAAUGACAACCAGAUUCACGUGACGCAAACGACGGACAUUGGCAAUGCGCUUCUGGCCACGGAGGUGGGCACUGCACGGGAUAAGGAGACUGUGGACGCAACCACCGGGCGGAUAAACCAGCUACUUUACAAGGUCCGGUCGCUGCGGUGUUCCGGCUCGUGCGCCCUCAACCUGGCCGGCAUCGCGUGCGGACGGCUGGACCUCUUCUACGAAUACAACUUCGGCGGGCCCUGGGACGUGGCAGCUGGGUCACUCUUGGUUGAGGAGGCGGGAGGUCGGGUGGCUGACCCGAGUGGAGGGGCUUUCGACGUGAUGUCAAGGCGGGUGGCUGCUGCAAAUGGGUCCCUGAUAGAGGACCUCGUGCGGAAUCUGCAGUAUCCGCAAACGCGGUGACGCCUUCUCAGUGCAACACCCUCCAAUUUUGACCCUAGAUCGUAGAAUACUUGCUUUCGAUACAGGCACGCGUUAGCAAGCUAGUAAAGUGACCAAAGUUCCUACUCUUCGCUCCGUACGAUUUUUCGGAGCUUCGUGGACUUGAUUCUCGUCCACCGCGUUAGCUCAUCACGCAGAAUGUCAAACCCGUUCUUUACAUAUUGGCCGGAGUGGAUGCCGUUCGUUGAAGUGCUCUGGAAGAUGGUGAUCCUUUUUGAGAAGGACCCGCAAGAGCGUAGUCCACCUGUGCUCUUCAUGCGAGUGGAGGAUCAGUGCGGUCGAGGUAUACUCGGGCCAUUGUUAAUUCAGACCUGAAG